CGGGUGCGGGCAGCACGCAUGCGCACGCGGUGUGGCGGGGCGUGCGCGCAGUCGGCCCAGCGAUGCGGGUGCUCGUGGGUGGUGGGACUGGCUUUGUGGGUAGAGCCCUGACCCAGCUGCUGUGGAGCCGUGGGCAUGAAGUGACUCACAUCUCUCGACAAGGGGACAAGGAUCGGAUCAGCUGGGAAGAGUUGUCCCACUCUGGACUGCCCCGGUGCGAUGCUGUGGUGAACUUGGCUGGUGAAAAUGUCCUCAACCCUUUCCGCAGAUGGAACGAUGCCUUCUGCAGGGAUGUCAUCAGUAGCCGGGUUGAGACCACCAAUACCUUGGCCAAAGCCAUUGCUGAUGCUGAACAGCCACCCCAUGCUUGGGUCCUCGUCACCGGCGUAGGCUAUUACCACCCUAGCCCCACAGCUGAGUAUACUGAAGACAGUCCUGGGGGGGAUUUUGACUUCUUCUCACGCCUGGUGAGCUCCUGGGAGGCUGCAGCUCUCAUCCCUCAGAGCCCAGCUCGUGGUAUUGUGGUGAGAUCCGGGGUGGUUCUGGGCCAAGGUGGUGGUGCAAUCUCUCAGAUGAUCUGGCCUUUCCGUCUGGGUCUAGGAGGCCCCUUGGGCUCUGGGCUCCAGCCCUUCCCAUGGAUCCACAUUCGGGACCUGGCUGGGAUCAUAUGUCAUGCCCUGGAGAGUGAGUGCCUGCAAGGCAUCUUCAAUGGUGUCUCUCCAUCCUCCCCUGCCACCUCCAAUGGCACCUUUGCUCAGGAGCUUGCUUCAGCUCUAGGACGCCCAGCCCUGCUGCCAGUGCCUGCUUGGGCUGUGCGGGCUGUCUUUGGGGCAGAGAGGGCCAUCAUGCUGUUGGAGGGACAGAAGGUGGUGCCAAAACGCACCCUGGAGAGUGGCUACCGUUUCAUCUUUCCUGACCUUUCUGGAGCUCUGAAGGACAUUGUGGCUUGAGGACUCCUCGGUUGGACUGGGUUGGGCUCUGUUUUUGUGAGCUCCCUGGCUCACAUGCCGUCCCCUGGGUGAAAUAGGGUGGCCCCGCCCCUCCUUGACACUUCCCCAUCCCCAUCCAGAGAGGGUGAGCUGUCUUUUCCCCUGCCUAUUCUUGACACUUCCCCAUCCAGACAGGGUGAGCUAUCUUUUCCCCUUCUGUCUCCCUUUGUACAUCUCCAGUUUAGGAGUCAUCCUUUUUACUGCCAUCUGCAAUCUCCACAUUACCUGCUUUUGGAGAAGGUCACAAGCCCCUCUGAGGAUUGUGACUUCUGAAUCUGCCAUCUUCCCUUUUUCACAGUGUGCAUGUGAGCUGUUUGCAGAGCAGCUGGGGGUGUACUGUCUCCUCCCAUGAGAGAGGUGGCAGCAGGAAAGUGUUCAGGUGUCGCAAUUCUCCAUGUCAGAAGGAUAGGAAGUCCCUCUUCCUGUUUUUCCACGUCUUUCCCCCAUCGUCACAUAGAGACCUAGUUAUGCUCUUCUGCUUUGCCUUUCUCAGUCUCAUAGGGAAUGGAGUUGUGGUUGUGGGAAAAGAUCCGUCCUGAGGGGGUGCAAAGGGUUCUGGAUAUGGAUGGCUUGGAGACUUUGCCAUCUCCUUUCUUGUGGUGGCUCUGUGCUGGUAACAAGUCGCAGUGUCAGAACUUCCAGCUGAGUCUAGGCCCAAGAGUUGCAUCCCUCCAGGGUUGCAUAAUACCAGUGCUGUGGUGGAGAUGGAGAACACUGCUUUGCCAGCGUGUAGGAACAAGGGUGAUGGUGGGAACUGGGUGAUUCAUCUUGGUGUGAAGUAGUGCAAAGCAUUGCUUUAGUCUAAAGGAAGCUCUUUAGCUAUUGUCUUUGUUGUAGUCAUCUAAAACCAGGCAGGAUGGCCUUCCCUUAUUCAUCCCAUAUAAGCUGAAGGGUCAUUCUUGGUGGUAUCUAGACUCGCCACUUACCUGCCUCUUUGCUCGGUCUAUACUGAAGAUGGAAUGGCAAUCUGCUGACUUUCCAAGCAGGAAAAUGAGAGUGUGACUGUCCAGCUGGAACUGGAGAUAGUCCUUGCAGUCAGUGUGAGCACAGCUGGGUGAGCUGAGACUUCAGGAAUAGCUAUGAAAGCAACAUCAAUUGCUUGGAUUGUGUUUUUGUUGCCUCUAAGUUAGGCACAGAUUCCUUCCUCCUCCCAUGUGCCUCAAUUUCCUGUCCUCGAGAGUGGGCUGAUCUACUUGGCCCAGUUCAUUGUGGGGCAAUACAUUGGGGACAAUUAGCAGUGCUGCUUCUUUAGUUACUCCAGCUACGUUUUGAGAUCAUCGGACUUCGGUCUGCUUCCCCUGAUAUUGUGGGCUACAGUAUCCUUCUGCCAGGCAAGCUGGUCAGCCAGCCCAGUUAGGUUGUUUCUGUACCUGUAUGUACCUUGAUUGCAACAGCUUUGGUUUGUGAUUGGAAAUAAAGUCAAGUACAGCUGGAGAAGUCCUGGCAACCCAUAGUUCUUCUGAAAGAUGGUUGCAUAUCCCAUGAAGGACCAUUAAGAAACAGAGUUCCCAGGCCUUGGAGUCCCUGCUUGGAUGUAUAACUCACUUAUGAUUUUGAAGGGUUGCCUGUGCAUGAUGUUUUGGCUUAAACAUGUCACAGGACUUAAAUGAUCUUCUGACACCUGAAUCCCAGUGUGGGAUCUGAAAACACUGGCUGCUGGGUGCAAUUAGGACUUCCAUAUGAUAAACUCACACACAGAGCAUACCCCUUUGUCUACUGUGGAGACAGUGUGUAUUAGAGUGACAGCAGGCUGAGGUCUAGAUUGGAUUUUGGACCGGUGUCUUAAGGAAACUCUGGCCAAGAGGCUGCAAGUCUUUGUGAUCUAAGUACAGGUCUUGUGCUAUCCUAGUGCCAGCACAGGUAGUCCUGUAGUGUUCAUUGCUAGCAGAGUGUUUCUGCAAGCAUGUCUGAACCAACUGCAGUGACUGAAAUGUGAUCUGAAGAUUUACUCUGACUUGAGGCAAGUCUCUCUGCUCUUUUAGAGGUGCAUGCUUAUGAUUGUUAAGACAUGUCAGAAGCAGCAGCUGCCUCCAGAAGCCCCAGAUCAGGACCCUUCUGCCUGGCCACUGUUAUCCCAGCCUGGUGCCCAGGUACCCAGACUCUGCCCAAGCUGAGGGAUGCAGCUGCUGCUUUCUUAUUUGCAGGUUCAGUCAACCCUGAAGUUGAGCACCCGUCAGAGGCAUGUGCACAUGCACACACAUAACACUUGGACAGAUGGCACUGACAUGGCUGGUCACACAGACUGCCCCAGCCAAGAUGUUGCUGUCAGCAGCACCAACAAAUGGGACCCACAUAACAAGCACAUCCAACUAUGUCCCUUCCCAUUCCAGGGCUGGCAGUCUUGCAUGAUGCCUUCAGGGUUCAUAAGAACAUGUAUGCUCAUGAGGCCCUCGAGCACCAGCACAACCCCUCUGUCUGCCUGGCAUCUCUACCUGGGCCCACUCUCUGACCCACUCUCCUUAUGGGUACAUGACACCUGUGGGUACUCUAGUCACCAGCUGGUCCAGACUGAUACACCACAUCCAAACACACCUCCCCCCAUCCCUCCCUUCUUCCCAGGCUCAGCUCUGCUCCUGAUCUGUCUACCUUCUCCCCUAGUGGUGCAGGGGGCAGUGGAUGGGGGUUACAGUCAGCGCACCACUCCUUCCUUCUCAGGAGGUGGGGUGAACACUGCACAUUCCUCCCCUUCUCCUCGUGGCUCCCUUCUCGCUGGAGGCAGUCCUUCAUGAACCUUCUCCAGUGUGAGUCCUCCUCACAGGAUGUGACUUUUCCCAUGCUGAUCUGGCGUGGGUCACCACCGCGUGUUGCAGUCCUCCCAGUGCCGAAAUAAAACUGCCUGCUUCUC